UUGUAUGUGUGUGUGUGUAGGUCAUUGUAGGGGUGGGUGGUCAACCAGCACCCCUUCUCCUCACCGCCCAGCUGAGGGGCACACUUCCCUUCUGCCUUAGUUCCCCUAAGAGAAACGUUCAUCCUCAUAGGCCCUUCAGUUGUGGUAUACCUCCCUCCCAUGAUCUGGGACUUUCUGCCCCAAGUCUGGAUUAACUGGAAGGAGCACAGGGAGCCAGAUAGGGGCUACCAUGGACACACUUGGGUUCAACUGGACUCCAGACACCAGCUUCCCUCUGUUCCUGAUGCAGCCACUACCACCAAAGCUGCUGCUAAUGCUGUGGCUGUUGCUGACUUUGCCAGUGAGGUCUCUGGAUGUCCCAGAGGGGCAGCAUGCUGACCAGGGAUCCCUGCCCUCCUCAGCUCCACUCCGUCAACUCCAGUGCUACUGUAUGAGACCCAAGGGGCACAUGAACUGUACCUGGGAACCCAGCUUGGAUCCUGGCAUUCCUUAUAACUUCUACUAUCAGAGCUUAAAGUACCACCCUAACAGGAUCCAAAAUGUCACAGUGCCCAAAGGCCAAAGUUGGAUCAUUGUGGAACGAGAGCGUCUCACUGUCUCUGACCGGUACCUUGUAUGGCUGAGCCCAAAGGACAACGCUUCCCAGCCUGGAGACCCGGAGCCAUUAAGCUUGUAUUUGGAUUCCAUAGUGAAGCCUGAGCCACCAAAGUUAUCCCAUGAAGUAGAGUUCUCUGAUGACCCCACAGUGGUCACUGUCACUGUCAUUGCUCCGGCCUGGCCUCCCCAUGAAAACUUCAAGUAUCAGCUUCGUUUCCGGGACAUCUCUGCUUCAGUAUGGCAAUAUGUGGAGCCUAGAGAUUUAUUAACUUCAUCCUUUCUGGAGCUUCCAGGCUUAGAGCCAGCCACAGUUUAUGAGGUAUCCUCCCGCUCCCAACUGCAAAACAAUAUGGGCUUUUGGAGUGACUGGAGCGCCACCCUGAAAUUCCAAAGCCUCCCUGCUGGUAAGUCCUUUCCUCUCUUAGGGCUGAGAGACCCAAGUGCUGGACACUCAUGUGUUUCCACCAUCUCCUCUCUCCUUCCUAGUGACUGGAGAAGUUCCUCACUCCAUCCUUCUCUGUCCUUGUGCUUCUGUUUAGCCCCAACCGGCCAGGUGGACGUGUGGGUCUUUGGGUUGCCUUGCAGUGGCCCACACCCUCAAGAAGAGUCCUAUGUUUUGCUAUGGAAGGACCUCAUGCCUGGGUUGGGGCUGAGCUAUAAGGUGGUGUUCCAGGUACCAGGUGGAGACCUGCACCUUAUGGUCAUCCCCUGCUGCAGUACCCUUCUUCCCAAAGACACAGAGUGGGUAUCAAUAGUGGCCUUCAAUAUUACUGGCCAGAGGCAUCCAUCCAACCUAACCCUGGCCUGUUCAGGUUCUGCUCCUAAGCAGGUCCAAGUACACAGCAUGGGAAAUCAGGGGAUGUUGGUCACAUGGUUAGCAGAGCCACAGGAACACCAGGAGUUUAUAGUGGAGUGGACCAAAGAAGAGACGUCUUUCCAGGAGCUCAACUGGACCCAUGUGCCGAAUGGGAGUCACAGCACACUGCUGAGAGGAAACUUCAAGAAAGGAGUUCCAUACCGAGUGACUGUGAGUAGUGUCUCUCUGAAGGGCCUGGCCUUUGCCACUCCAGUCUGGGGGUACAGUCAGGAGAUAGCACCCCUAGAAGGGCCAGUUCUGUGGCAGAUUCCGAGUGCUGCCAGUGGGGCACUGACUGUAGCAUGGGCUGAGCUCCCCAGAGGACAACGUGGGGGACACUUCACACACUACACCCUGUAUGUGCAGCCAGACUCUGGGCGCCUCACCCUUCUGAAUGUGAGUGCGGAUACCCUAAAUGUGACCCUAUGGGACCUGCCUGGAGGAUACUAUAAGAUGUGGGUGACAGCAUCCACCAUUGCUGGCCCUGGUCAGCCUGGCCAGCUCCUCCAACUCUUCCUCCCUGAGAAGAAUUGGAAAGAGUGGAAAAUGCUGUGGAAUGUCCUGCUGUUCUGUGUUUUGCUAUCGAUGAGUUGCUGCCUGGGUUUGGUGUUCUCCAAGUGCUGCCUCUGUCAAAAGUUUCUGCCACAUUGGGUCUCUGAAAGGAUCCCUGAUCCCUCCAAUAGCAAGAGCAUGCAGCCUUGGGGAGAGGAGGUUCCCCAGGCUCCGCCUCCCAAGGACGCCCUUUUCCUAGACGUGGAAGAAGUAGAGACUCCAAUGUCCGCACCCCCCCAGCCUCCAGAGGCUCCCAUCCCAUUUGACUCUGGAUAUGAGAAACACUUUCUGCCCACACCUGAAGAGCUGGGCCUUCUGACCCUGCCCAGACAACAAAACUUCACCUGAGGAGUCCUGGACAAUGAAACUCUGUCAAGAGGGUGGAUCCGUGAUGUAGAGGAACCAAGCCCAGGAUUAAGACAUUGCCCUGAUUCUGGGGGGACUAAGUCUCAAAACCAUAGAAGAUCAAACCUAGAAGGGGCUUAGGAACUGCUUUGUCUGCUCCAUCUCCUAUCUUACAGCAACGGAGACUUAAGGGGGCAAGGAUGAGAAUGGGAGAAGAUUUGCCCAAAGCCAUACAGCAAGUUAGAACCAGGGCUGGGACUCAAUCUUGUCCCCCACCCCACCCCACCCAGUUCCUUUCUGCUCUGGGGGACAGCCAUGGGAAGAUCCUGCUGUGUUCCUCUAUCAUUCUGAGGAUGUGUGGAGAAGAGCACAUGAUGUCCUGCAGUGAGCCAGAGAGUUUAGGGUAGAAGGGACCUCAGAGGUCCAAUAGUCCAACUCCCCGCCUCAUACAGAGCAGGAAACAGAAGUGCAGAGAGAGAAGUUCCUCCCUCAAGGGAGCAGAAGGAGAACUCAACUAACACCUGAGCUCCCUGACACUAAACCCAGUGCUCUCCCUUUUGCGCUACACUCCUUGUUCAUCCUGCCGACAUAUAUGAGCAGGGGAUGCAGUCAAGUCUCUCCCCUUCCCCCAAAUCUUGAAUGGCCUCCCCACUGUCUAUGGAACCAAGUCCAAACCUUUCUUCCUGGCAUUCAAGGUCCUGCUGUCUUGUCCCAGCUCUCUAGCUUUACCUCCCACAGCCCCGCUCCGUCCUCUCCAGUGCCUAACAGCCUACGUAGAGCUCACCAUUCACAGCUGAAACACACCACCUCACCAUCUCUCCAGGUUUUGGUUCCCUCAGUUCAUUCUGCCUUUCUCCCCUGAACUCUAAUCCAUCCUUUCAGACUCAGCUCACAUGGCACCUCCUCCAGGAAGCCUUCUCUGCAGACCUGAUCCCCUCCCUCCUUUGCUCUCCCUAGACUCCGUUUGUACCACUCUCACUAAAACAGAUUAUAUGUCACCUUGACCUUGGAUUCUA